AUGGACAACAGUCCUUUGCAGGUGCUGACUGUCCCCACAGCCCCCUAUCCCGACCAGAGACCCGGCACCAGCGGCCUGAGGAAAAAGGUCUAUGUAUUCCAGUCCAGGAGGAACUACCUACACAACUUCAUCCAGAGUAUCUUUUCCUCUAUUGACCUGCGUGACCGCCAGGGAUCAACAGUGGUGGUGGGUGGAGACGGUCGCUUCUUCAACCGGACAGCUAUUGAGGUCAUUGUGCAGAUGGCAGCUGCCAAUGGGGUGGGUCGUCUGAUCAUUGGACACCACGGCAUAAUGUCGACGCCGGCCAUCUCCUGCGUGAUCAGGAAAUACAAAGCCAUCGGCGGCAUCAUCCUCACUGCCAGCCACAACCCCGGUGGACCUGAUGGAGACUUUGGCAUUAAGUUCAAUACUGCAAAUGGAGGCCCAGCCAAGGAGGCUGUCACAAACAAGAUCUUUCAGAUCAGCAGGACCAUUGAGGAGUUUGCCAUCUGCCCCGGACUGCGAGUGGAUCUGACAACUCUGGGCAAACAGACGUUUGAUCUGGAAAACAAGUUCAAACCCUUCACAGUGGAAAUUGUGGACUCUGUGGAAUCCUACGCUAACUUGUUGAGGAACAUCUUUGACUUUGCUGCCUUGAAGGAGCUUCUAUCUGGUGAAAACCACAUCAAGAUUAGACUUGAUGCCAUGCAUGGAGUGGUAGGCCCGUACGUGAGGAGAAUACUCUGUGAGGAGCUGGGCUGCCCCGCCAAUUCUGCCAUCAACUGUGUCCCAAUGGAGGACUUUGGGGGUCAACACCCAGAUCCUAACCUCACUUACGCUGCAGAACUGGUUGACAGCAUGAGAGAUGGACCGUAUGAUUUUGGUGCAGCAUUUGAUGGUGAUGGGGACCGUAACAUGAUCCUUGGUAAGCACGGCUUCUUCGUCACCCCACCUGAUUCUGUGGCUGUGAUCGCUGACAACAUCUUCUGCAUCCCGUACUUCCAGCACACAGGGGUGAGAGGCUUCGCCCGCAGCAUGCCCACAAGCUCAGCCUUAGACAGAGUAGCGAAGGCAACAAAAAUAGAGUUAUAUGAAACUCCCACGGGGUGGAAGUUCUUUGGGAACCUAAUGGAUGCCGGCAGACUGUCUCUGUGUGGAGAAGAAAGCUUUGGUACAGGUGGAGACCAUAUUCGUGAGAAGGAUGGGCUUUGGGCCGUGCUGGCAUGGCUGUCCAUCCUGGCCACUAGACAGCAGAGUGUGGAGGAUAUUCUUAAGGACCAUUGGCUAAAAUAUGGAAGAAACUACUUCACCAGAUAUGACUAUGAGAAUGUAGACAUAGAUGCAGCCUGUGAGAUGAUGGAGGAUUUGGAGAUUCUGAUUGCUGACAAGUCCUUCGUGAAGCAGAGAUUUGCUGUGGAAGACAAAAUCUACCAGGUGGAAAAAGCAGACAACUUUGAGUACACAGACCCGGUAGACAGCACCAUCACCAGGAACCAGGGUCUGCGGAUAAUCUUCUCUGACGGCUCUCGAAUCAUCUACAGACUCAGUGGGACAGGGAGUGAUGGGGCAACAGUUCGAAUCUACAUAGACAGCUAUGAAAAGGAGCAAAUCUUUGAAGACACACAGGUGAUGCUGGCGCCCCUGGCAACCAUCGCUCUGAAGAUUUCCCAGCUCCAUCACAGGACAGGUCGAAGUGGCCCGUCAGUCAUCACAUGAUUCCUCCCAUAUGUUACUCCG